AGAAGAGUCUUAGCCAUUUAUGUAGCUGAUUUUGCCAUCUUAUCUUCUCAUUUGUCCUUUACUAAUUUACCAACUCCAUUAUCAGCCACUUAAAACAACUACUUCCUCCUCAUUAUUAAUUUGAAACCAGCUCUUCAUCACUGUUGAUAUGAACACGAUUCCGGUGUGCCAGCACCGGUAAGAUAAGCGGAGAAAGAUUCAUUAGUUAAGUUUUGCUUUCAGAUGGACCAUUUCUGAUUAAGAACAGAAGAAUCGAAGCAUAAUUAGAAGACGGUCCCUAACGGAUAAGAUAAGCGAAUUUCCCACUGGAAAUUCUGCUUCUAAAGCUGUUGCUUGUGUUGUGUUUCUGUUACUUAUCCAAGUGACCAAAUUAAAGAUGCCAUUGAUGUCUUUAUCUUCUACUUAGGAAGGAAGAAUCAUGUCAUUAUUUUGACAGAACUAUUACUUUCUAACUCAAAAUACUCUGUUUUUUCUCUGUUUUCCUCUGUUUUCUUAUCUCUUCAAACUUCCCCUAGAACUUUGGGUCUGAGCAACUAUUUUAACUCUAGGAAUAUGAUGCGUUUCUCCAUUCUGUCAAUCUCAUUUGUUGUUCGUGUUGAUCUUCAAACAUUACGUACGCUGAAGUAGCUAGUAGUACUAGUAAAGAAUAUAUAUAUUUAUACACACACAGACAGAAAAAGGGAGUGAGAUUCAUUUGUCUGGUUUUCAACCUAAUCGAGUAUUAAAAAACAGAUCCACGAGUUAUUACUGGAAGUUUAGAUAUCAAUUGUAAUGGAUCAUCGAUAUGGACGGCGGUUAUGGAUCGAUAAAGAUCAAGAGAUGCAACAAUCAUCCAAUGAAACUAAAUCGCGUGGGUCAUAUAAUAGUGAAUCCAAUUUUGAUACGAACAUGGUGGUCAUCUUAGCAGCUCUGUUGUGCGCCCUGAUAUGUGCCCUUGGGUUGAACUCAAUCGUGCGAUGUGCCUUACGAUGUGGCCGCAGGAUGACACCAUCGGAAAUGGCGAAUGGAACGGCUGCAAGGACAGGCCUCAAGAAACGGGUAUUGCGUCAGAUUCCUGUAGUGGUCUAUGGUUCUGGAGUUGAUAUCCCGGCGACAGAAUGCCCAAUUUGCCUGGGAGAAUACAUGGAAGGAGAAAAGGUAAGGAUUCUACCCAAAUGCAACCAUGGGUUCCAUAUGAGGUGCAUAGAUAUCUGGCUAAUCUCACACUCCUCUUGCCCGACUUGUCGACAUUCAUUGAUCGAACGUCCUGCUACGUCAACAAUGGAAGCGGCAGCUGCUCUUGAAGUUGUUACUGACCGGCCGCGUGAAAAUGAAAAUAGUGGUCAAGGAGCUUUUGAUGAAGUUUCAUAGAAUAGAAUGUCUCUCUUUUUUCUCAAUGAAAAAAAUCUCUUUUGAAUGUGUAAAUAUAAAAGGAAAUUUAUCUUAUAUCAAUCUGUAAUAGCGUUAGAACCAGAGUUCGAAAAUCGGAUCAAAACCAUCAUUCUCUUUUUUUCUCAAAGGAAUCGGAAUUCAUGGUCACCAUGGAAUUUAAUGACAUAUCAGUGUCGGUGUCGGCAUAUAAAAGAGUCUUCUUAUGCG